AUCAGAAACUGCCAAAAACAUAUGGUUAAUCUGGUUAAUGUAGAUUUUGAUGUUUCUCGGCAUUAGUAUUAUAUUUCGUUUGGAUCAUAUUCUUUCUUGAUUUGUGUUUUUGGUCAACUUUAACGGUAACAAAGCAGAUUGAAAGUGACAAGUUAAUGGAACAGCCUCACAUUAAGCAAUCACCAGUAACGGAAGAGGAAGAUAAACGACCUCAAUUUGGGAACCGCUUCCUUUCGUCCAACGACGAUGUAUUCCAGCACAAUGCGUGGUAGGAUUCUUUUACAAAAAGUUACAUUUCCCUUCAAGUUAUUACCACUAUUUGUGAAACACUGCUAUGAAUAUGAAUUUACGCGUUACCGGAAAAAACCUCGGAUUGGUGAACGGUUUCUAAAAGAUCCGGCUAGGGUGUUUGAUUUCAAUACUUGGGAUAAUGUCGAGUGGGAUGAGCAACAGGAGCAAGUGGCGCUUGAUAGUGUUCAGAAAAAUUCGUCCGUCAAAUUGAACCCUGACGAGGUGUUGAAACUGGAAACGGAAGCCGAUACAAACUGGGAUAAGUUCUAUGGCAUACAUCAGAAUCGUUUCUUCAAAGAUCGCCACUGGUUGUUUACGGAGUUCCCCGAAUUGGCACCCCGGAAUACCAAAGAUGCCCCAGACAGAGUAUUUCCAGAGGGUUUGCAAAAUACUAUUAGAGAUUUUAGUAACAUGAGCAUAGAUACCAACGGCAGUCGGACGAUAUUUGAAAUCGGAUGCGGAGUUGGUAAUACAGUUUUCCCCAUUCUGAAAUACAGUGUGGAGGAAAACUUGAAAAUUUAUGCCAGUGAUUUCUCAAAGCAAGCAAUUAAGAUCUUGAAGGAAAGUAAAGAGUUUGAUCAGCGAUGUGAGGCGUUCGUUUUAGAUGCCACAGCAGACGAAUGGAACGUUCCGUUCGAAGAAAACAGUAUUGAUAUUGUGGUACUGAUUUUUGUCCUUUCAGCAAUCGAUCCUAGCAGGAUGCAACACGUUGCAAAUCAAAUUUCCCGAUAUUUGAAGCCGGGUGGCCUUCUGCUUUUACGGGAUUAUGGCCGAUAUGAUUUAGCUCAGCUCCGUUUUAAGCCUGGGAAAUGUGUCAAGGACAACUUCUACGUUAGAGGCGACGGAACUCUUGUGUAUUUUUUCACACAAGAAGAUCUUAGAACGAUGUUUGAAAAGGCUGGUUUGGUUGAGGAGCAGAACAUUGUUGAUCGUAGGCUUCAGGUUAACCGGGGGAGAAUGAUCAAAAUGUACCGUGUUUGGGUACAGGUAAAAUUUAGAAAGCCCAGUUAAGUUUGUUUACAAGUCAUU